CCCAAGAUGGCGUAUGUGACAAAGAAAAUCUCAUCCAAUCAUUUUUCUAUGCUUCGGUGUUCCUUGACAUAUCGUUUCUAGGUUAUUUUGCUGGGAAUUGUUUUCUAUAUUUUCUGGGAUCACGUUGUAAAUAAAUCACAUGUGAAUUUGGAAGAAUAAUCGUUUUCCACGGUUUGCUCGGUUGCUUUAUAGACAAGGACUACGAUGUUUUCAACCUAAUGUUAUUCUUAUCUAUCAAUAAUUUAGGAGACGAUAUUUUAGUGAGAUUCGGCAAAAUUUUUUGAAAGAAAAAUGUCAGACGAUUCAAGUUUAUACAGAUUAGAGGGAACUAUAGAAAAUCAAGCGGGUGGUUUGGUCAUACGUAAGAAAGCUUCGGAUCAUACUUUCAAGAAACCUUCUAUAUUAGGUCUUGACAAGCUUGCAGAACGAAAAAGACGAGAACAGUCGCAGGAACCUACCAGCUCAAAGUCUAACAAAUCUGAAGGGAGAGAUAGGAAGUACCGAUCUCAUGAAGAAGAGACUCCUACUCACACUGGUGGUGUUAAUUCUGAAGCACAACAGAGAUUAGAGUCACGGCUCAAGCGUCAACGACUGAGCGCAGAUGACAGAAAUUCUAGAAAUUCAUAUAAAGGUCGCGAGAGAGAUAGAGACAGACGAAGAGAUCGGGAUAGGGAAAGUCGAGGCAGAGAUAGUAGUAUAAGACAAACGCCUCUUAGAUUCAAAGAUGAGCCGCAAACACCGAAAUUCCGAACGAAAGAUCCAACUUCUAAGAGCAAUUGGGACGACGAUGAAGACGAAGAACCGAAACGAUCAAGUUGGGAUCAUCCGACACCGAAUCUUUACAAUAUCAGGGAUGGUCGCGACAGUGUCAGAAGCGAAUUUACUCCUUCUUACAAAUAUAACUCGUGGAAUAAAGAUUUUAAAAGCUCUGGUGCCACUCCAAUGAUAGACGGAGAGGAGAAGGAACUGUGGGAAGAGGAACAGCAAAGAUUAGACAGAGAAUGGUAUGCAUUAGAUGAUGGAGAGAAUAACGCAUUUGCCAAUGUAUCUGAAGAAUAUACUCGAAAAAAAGAAAUGGAGUUGGAGGCCAGAAGACAGAAACGUCUUUCUGCCCAACAACGACAAAUAAACAAAGAUAACGAAUUGUGGGAGCGUAACCGUAUGUUAACAUCUGGAGUUGUGAGCUCGUUGGAUCAUGACGAUGAUCCCGAUGACGAAGGAGAGGCAAGAGUUCACUUACUGGUUCAUAAUGUAGUCCCGCCGUUUCUGGAUGGGCGUAUCGUGUUCACGAAGCAGCCAGAACCAGUUGUACCUGUACGCGAUCCUACUUCCGAUAUGGCUCUGGUAGCGAGGAAAGGUUCGGCAUUAGUCAAAGCGUACCGUGAGCAAAAAGAGAGACGUAGGGCGCAGAAAAAGCAUUGGGAAUUGGCUGGAACCCACAUUGGUAAUAUUAUGGGUGUACACGAUCGUCGCAAAGACGAUAAGGAGCAUGCAGGACAAGAAACGGACUUCAAAGCUGGACAGAAAUACGCUCGACAUAUAGGGGCGGGCGAAGUAACGGGAGAAGCUAAACAUAGAUCUAUACAGCAUCAAAGGAGAAGUCUCCCUGUGUUCGCGGUACGUCAGGAACUUCUGAACGUUAUCAGGGAGAACAGCGUCGUUGUAAUAGUAGGUGAAACUGGCAGCGGUAAAACUACGCAAUUGACGCAAUAUCUUCAUGAGGAUGGUUAUAGUCGUUAUGGUAUAAUUGGUUGUACUCAGCCUAGAAGAGUUGCUGCUAUGUCUGUCGCGAAAAGAGUAUCUGAUGAGAUGGCUACUGCUCUGGGCGACAAAGUUGGAUAUGCAAUACGUUUCGAAGACUGUACUUCGAAGGAUACGGUUAUCAAAUAUAUGACUGAUGGUAUUUUACUGAGAGAAAGUCUGAGAGAAGGAGAUCUGGACCGUUAUAGUGUGAUUAUAAUGGACGAAGCUCAUGAACGAUCACUCUCCACCGACGUAUUAUUUGGUCUUCUUAGAGAAGUUGUCGCUAGACGACAUGAUCUAAAGUUAAUCGUAACUUCUGCAACGAUGGAUUGCAGCAAGUUCUCCGCUUUCUUUGGCAAUGCGGCAACAUUCCAAAUACCUGGACGCACAUUUCCCGUUGAGGUGUUGCAUGCGAAGAAUCCGGUCGAGGAUUACGUAGAUGCGGCUGUGAAGCAAGUCUUACAAAUUCAUUUGCAACCAAAGAGCGGUGAUGUAUUAGUCUUUAUGCCUGGUCAAGAAGACAUCGAAGUAACAUGCGAAGCUCUGAAGGAACGUUUAGCUGAAAUCGAAUCAGCUCCGCCUCUUUCCAUACUGCCCAUUUAUUCCCAACUGCCAUCGGACUUGCAGGCAAAAAUCUUCCAACGAUCCGAGGGAGGUCUUCGCAAAUGCGUCGUAGCGACCAAUAUAGCGGAAACGUCGUUGACAGUUGAUGGAAUCGUCUUCGUCGUUGAUUCGGGAUACUGUAAAUUAAAAGUGUAUAAUCCUCGAAUAGGUAUGGACGCUUUACAAGUAUAUCCCGUGUCAAGAGCCAAUGCCGAUCAAAGACAGGGCAGAGCCGGGCGUACCGGUCCCGGACAAUGUUACAGAUUAUACACGCGAAGACAAUACUUGGACGAAUUAUUACUAACGGGGGUUCCCGAGAUACAACGUACAAAUUUAGCUAACACGGUGUUGCUGUUGAAGUCACUGGGAGUUCAAGACUUAUUGGCAUUCCAUUUCAUGGAUCCACCACCACAAGAUAAUAUACUGAACUCGUUGUAUCAGUUAUGGAUCUUGGGAGCGCUUGACCAUACCGGACGUUUGACUCCCCUCGGCCGACAAAUGGCCGAGUUUCCCUUAGACCCACCGCAAUGUCAAAUGCUCAUAGUCGCUUCUCAGCUCGGCUGUACCGCAGAUAUCCUGAUUAUCGUCUCUAUGCUAUCAGUUCCGUCGAUUUUCUAUCGACCGAAGGGACGCGAGGAAGAUUCCGAUUCAGCGCGUGAAAAAUUCCAGGUGCCGGAAUCAGAUCAUCUAACGUAUUUAAACGUAUACAAUCAGUGGAAAGCAAACGGUUAUUCGACUUCUUGGUGUAACGAUCAUUUUAUACAUGCAAAGGCGAUGCGCAAAGUGCGAGAAGUAAGAUCGCAGCUUGAGGAAAUUCUAAAGCAACAAAAAAUGGACGUUGUCAGUUGCGGUACUGACUGGGAUAUUGUACGGAAAUGCAUCUGUUCUGCCUAUUUUCACCAAGCAGCGCGCUUGAAGGGCAUCGGUGAAUACGUCAACUGCCGUACGGGAAUGCCAUGUCAUCUUCAUCCCACUUCAGCAUUGUUUGGCAUGGGUUUUACACCUGAUUACGUGGUAUACCAUGAGCUCGUGAUGACCGCCAAAGAAUAUAUGCAAUGUGUUACAGCAGUGGACGGUCAUUGGUUGGCCGAAUUGGGACCUAUGUUCUUCAGUGUGAAGGAAACUGGACGAAGCGGUCGCGCGAAACGACGACAAGCAAUGCAACAUCUCCAUGAGAUGGAGCAUCAAAUGAAAGAGGCCGAGGAGGAAAUGAAGGCACGUGCUCAGGAGCAACUCGAGCGCGAACAAGCGUCAGUUCGAAAGAAGGAGAUUUUAACGCCUGGAAUUAGAGAACCGGGCACCCCAGCUCCUUAUCGCAAUACACCCGGAAGAUUAGGAUUGUAAUUAGUUUUAUUUAUCAACAUCUUAAAAUGUUUGUGACAAGUGUUUCUCUGUAAUAUAAUUCUAUAGAACAAAAAGAUUGUUAUUGUAUAAAAUAGCA